AUGCAGCACAUCGGAGCUUUCACUCUGGCAUUUGCCGCCAUCGCCGCUGCGGCUCCGGGCCUGGCUCCCUCGAGUCACGUACGCCGUGCCGACACCAACUCUUUCCAGGUCUACGCUUACGGCACCGGACUCGGCGGUCUGGAGAUGUUUACCGCUGGAGGUGACGCCUACUUCGGAGACUACACCCAGUUCAACGACUCCAACGCCGCCCCAGUGAUCUUCACUCCUCAGGACGGAGAUGACAGCGUCUGGAUCGGAGCUCCGAACACCACCGCCCUGGCUACCACUCCCGAGUGGUCCAACGUCACCUUCACCGUCCCCGGCACCAGCUCCAGCGACCACAACGUCGCUUUCUUCGACAGCAACUCCACUACCACCGGCCGCCAGACCAGCGGGUUCGUCUUCUACGGCAACUUCAUCCUGGUCCAGAACCCGGACGACAGCAGCUUGGAGUCUUUGUGGUACGCUACCGCCAGCGACAUUGAUGGCAUUUACAACCUCAAGUGGAACCAGACCGGCGACGACACCGAUGGCAAGAUUCUUCUCAACCUCAGGAGAACGCCUCCUUCCAACGCCUGA